AUGGAUCCAGCACAUCCUAUUACCAAACUUCUGAUCCGAGAAUAUGAUGAGAAACUACUUCACUACGGGCCUGAGCGUGUGCUUGCAGAGAUGAGACGUAAGUUUUGGGUUCUGCGAGGACGAGAGGCCAUUCGCAAGCAUCAGCGCAAAUGCUUUGGAUGUCAACGAUGGCGAGCCAAUCCUGACGUACCAAAGAUGGGAGAUUUGCCACCAGCACGCCUGCGACUGUACAAGCCGCCAUUCUUUUCCACUGGCGUUGACUGUUUUGGGCCAAUGACAAUCAAGACAGGGAGACGCACCGAGAAGCGCUGGGGCAUUAUCUUUAAAUGUAUGACUACCAGAGCGGUGCACCUUGACCUGCUAGAAAGUCUCAGUGCUGACGCCUACCUGAUGGCCGUUAGACGGUUUGUGUCCAGAAGAGGGAAGCCCUUCGAGAUACUGUCCGACUGUGGUACCAACUUUAAGGGCGGAGCUUCAGAGUUACAUGAGGCAUUCUCUGCCAUGGAACCCAGACUGAAAGAAGAGCUCUCUAAACAACAAGUCAAGUUUGUCUUCAACCCACCGAAGGCCCCACACUUUGGUGGCGUGUGGGAGAGGGAGAUAAAGUCUGUCAAAUCUGGCCUGAGAGUCGUCCUCAGUCAGGCUGUACCCGAACCAGUCCUGCGCACCGUUCUGAUAGAAAUUGAGGGUAUUCUUAAUUCCAAACCGCUGGGUUAUGUUUCUUCAGACAUUGCCGACCUAGAUCCAGUUACCCCGAACCUCCUCUUGAUGGGACGACAUGAUGCAGCGCUGCCACAAGUUGUCUACCCAGCAAGGGACCUACUCAGCCGACGACACUGGAAACACAGCCAGGUGUUAGCAGAUCACUUUUGGUCGCGCUUCAUCGGGCUGUACCUACCCUCUCUGCAGAUACGACAGAAGUGGCAACGAGACGGUGCAGAGAUGAAGCCUGAUGAUGUUGUCAUGAUCGUUGAUCCUGCACUUAGCCGGGCUCAGUGGCCCAUCGGACGAGUCGUCAACACCUUUCCUGGACCAGAUGGUCGUGUGCGCACUGCCAGCGUGAGAGUGAGGAAGAAGAACUACACUCGCCCUGUCGCCCGCCUGAUACGACUCCCAGAAGUCACCGAUGAAGGUGUCAAGGAUGACCAGGGAAACGACAAAGAUCCAGCCCUAAUGGACUCUGAGACCACAGACUACACAGACCUCACAGACUACACAGACCUCACAUACUACACAGACCACACAGGCUUACACUAG